AACACAUGCGCGUUAAAUUAGUCGUUCCUUCUCUUCGCUUGAGAUGCUGGUUUGCUGCCCAUGAAGAAAAGACUGUUUAUCAAUUGCAAAAGAGCAUUUUGAAAGAAUUGUGUCUUGAAGCAGAGGCGAGCGAAAUAGUACUUACUCUGGAUGAUUUUAUUUUACUUCCUCGCUGCAUUGUAAAAGAUCUCAUUCAUGAAGGAGACACACUUUGCUUAAAAGUGGAAAAGAUAAAGAAACUUGCGCCUAUGAAAAGACAAGCUAAAGAUAAAAAAGAUGAACCUACAAUUAAAAAACAAAAAAAGCCUACUGAAAAGGAUAAAAAGCCUUCUGAAAAGGCCAAAAAGAAGGCAUCUAUAGUAACGAAUAAGGAAGAAAAUAAGAAACUAUUAAAGAAAGUAGAGAAGUUGAAGAAUAACAGCAAGAAACUGGAUGAAAAAUUGAAAUCAUUAAAAAAGCUUUUGGCAGAUAACGUCAAUGAGUUGAUGAAGAACAAACAAGAGGAAAAAAAUAAAAUCAAGAAAGUUUCAUGUCCAUUCGGAGGCUUAAAAAGGACAAAAAGUAGAAACGCAAGGCGUAGAAGAUUAAAGAAACUUUACCGCGAAGCUGCUGCCUUGAAUCAGGAAAACAGCGUACAAGCGGACACGACCGAACAGAGUGUUCAGGAACAGCUUUUAAAUCAUGAGCCUUCUAUAAGCAUGCCAAGCUCUACAGAACUACAAGACAUUCCGCCUCCUUUACAUCUUAUUAAGCAAAAUAAGAACAAGAAGAAAGAACAUUUAAAGCGAUCAGAACAGACAGUACAUAUCCACUUUGAAGAAGAGCUUCCUGAAGAACUUUCAAGUCGACCCACUGCUGAAACAUAUGACGAAUUGGAUGCUGAGUUGGCUACAGAAAACACUCAACAGAACAAUGAUCCUAAAAAUAAGUAUGGUCGUGCUUUUGUUACUUAUUCUGAAGCUGCGCCUGAACAAACUAGAAAAAGAAAUCAAAAAUAUCAGCGACCACAAAAGACAUAUGCAGUGCAAGAAGUCGCGCCUAUAUUUUAUGCAGAAAAUCCUACUGAAGAGAGUGUGCCAGAACAAACAUCAGAGAAUCAAGAAACAGAGAAUGCGGUUGAGAAUAAUGAAAAUGAGCUUCACGUAAAUGAGCCGACUGCUACUAAUGACCCAAUUAACUAUGAAGAGUACCCUAAGCUUGACUUUGAAAGCAACUUACCAUCGGUUGGAGAUCAUUUAGCAAUCAAGACACUUGAGCUAACUGCUAAUUAUACCCCUGAAAUAUCAGAUUGGAAAGAAGCAACAUUAAAAGAGUUGUGUAUAUCAGAUAAGUCACUUGUGAUUGAGCUUUUACAAGGCUUUACAAAAGCUUCCACGAAAGGUGGUAAAUUUGAACUGAAAAACAAAAAACAUGAAGAUGAGGACGAAGAAGAGGAAGAAGAAAAAGAUAGAAUGAUUACGCUGAUGUGGUCCGACAUAUUCGAUAUUAGAAAACUACUGUUUUAUUAAAAAUAAAUU